AUGGUGAUACCUGCCAAACCGACGUUUUUCUGGGCUCCUGCAAGAAUACAGCCGUACUUGCUCACGUCGAUCUUCUUGGACAAGAAGUUCGACGACAUGUCGGCCACGAUCUCCACGCCUGGGAACUUGUCGAAUGGGAAGUCUGGGAACUCCACGCCGUUCACCGUCUCGUUGUCGCAGAAGUACACGUACGAGGUGUUGGACAGAUCUGCUGGGAUGGACCACUUUUCAACAGCAGGAAUGCCGCCAAAUUUGCCAUCCACCUUCUUGGAGUCGACCACGAUCUCCGGGUCAAAGCCCAGUCUCUGGGCCUCCUCUGCGGCCUUCUUGGACCAGGAUCCUCAGAAUCGAAACAGAGGUGAACAGAAUGUAUGGGAUCGAUUGCGUCGAGGAUGGUCUGAGGUCCUGGAACGGAGACGUGGCGAUCUCGUACGGAAGAAUGUUGCCCAGGAACAGAUCGUAUCCGUCCUGUCUUGGUCCGUCUCUGAAAUUAUUCUUGAUGUAUCUGGUGAUGGAGUUGACCAGAUCGUUCAAAGCACCCAAUUUGGUUCUCUGUCCGGUUCUAGUGAAAUCUGUCUUCAGUGCGCCAGUUCCGGAGUACGACUUGGACACCACGUCGGCGUUGUCUGCCCAGAUGUUCAUGAACACCAGGUUGAACUUCGGAUCGACUUUCUCCCAGUCCUGCGCGCCGUUGAUCACUCCGCUCUCGAUCAGCUGCUCCUGCAGGUAGAAUCUGCCCAAUGUGGACUGAACAACGUUGGUUCUAUCGAGACAGUCCAUGCAGUUUGUUCUGACAACGUGGCUUUGUUUCUUGGAGACCACAAACUUCUCGGAAACAGUGACCACGUUGAAAUCUUCCUGCGAGAGUCCGAUCCGUUUCAGAUGGUCGAUCAGCAGCUUGACCCGGUGCCACUUCAUGUUCUUGCACUCGUGGUGGAAGUCAAAGUAGGUGUACUUGAUGUUUGGGUCGUUCAGCGCGGUGACGGCGUUUUCGUACGCCAGUUUCACCGGCUCCUCGUACCCCUUCUGGUUGACCAGGUUGACCAGGUAGUUUGUACCGUAUUUUUCGAUCAUCCGGCUGAAAUGGUGUCUGGUUGGAACGUAGUCUGUCUGGCCCAACAGCAGAACCGGUUUAUAUUUAAGGUUGUUCAUCUCAGCCCAGAACACAGGCACAGAGCCUCUGGUUUGAAGAUACGUGUAAAUCUUGUCACCCUCGCUGGUGUGGACGGCCAGGAACUGCUCGGUCUCGUUGAAGUUGGCCACGUUACCGUCUGCGUCGAUUCCACGACGGAAAUAUCUCGUUCCUGCUCUGAAGCGCGACCGUCUGCUGAUCAGACCGAACGUGAUCGGUUUCAUGUUGAUCGUGGUGCGCACAAACUUGGCGUAUCCGUAGAUGAUCGGCAGCACGAACUGGCCCGCGCCGGGGUUCGAGGCGGCCAGCUUGAUCAGAUCCUGCGAAACAAAUCGUACGAGAACACGAGCGACGCAGAAUUCAAGUGCGACUUGAGCAGCUCCAGAUACUUCACCUCGUCCUCAUCGACCUGGAACUUGGUCGCAGACAACGGCAGAACACUAAACGAAGUCACCUUGUAA